AUGCAGAAGAGACUUCGGAAGGUAUUGACAUCUCUGAAGGAGCACAGCACCGUAAACUACGCGAAAAUGGUGACGGUUGGAGGCUUCUGCAACAUGGACCUCCUCAUCAUCAAAGCAACAUCUCCCAACGACUUACCAUUGCCUGAGAAAUAUAUUCAAGAGCUCUUGAAAAUCUUCUCCAUUUCUCAAUCAUCAUUCCAAGCUUUCUCACUCAGCUUCACUCGCCGUUUCGGAAAGACUAAGUGUUGGAGAGUAGCUCUCAAAUGUCUACUUCUUCUCCACAGGUUGCUUCGUUCACUCCCUCAGAACAGCCCUCUUCGUACCGAGCUCAUCUGGACUCGAUCGAACGGUUUGAUUUCUCUUUCUCCAUGUCGUUUUCGGGACCAAUCAUCCUCGGCUUCUGAUGAUUACACAGCUUUUAUCAGAUCCUAUGCUCAACUUCUCGAUGAAGUUCUCAAUUAUUAUUCCUUGGGUAACAAGGAAACCCAAGAACAUGAUCAUAACCAAGAAGAACAAAAGGUUGAAGAUCAUGAAGAAAGUUUAUCUGACAAAAUGAAGAGAAUGGGAAAAAUACUGGAAGUUUUGCCACAUCUUCAGAGCCUAAUCGAUCGAGCAAUGGAUUGUCGUCCAUUUGGAUCCGCAGCUAGGAGCUUCAUGGUUCAAUCAGCCAUGAAACAAAUUAUAAGAGAUAGUUUUGUUUGCUACACAACCUAUAGGAAAGAGAUUGUUGUUGUUCUUGACAAUCUCUUUCAACUUCCAUACAAGAGCUCUGUAUCAGCUUUUGGGAUUUACAAGAAAGCAGCCGUUCAAUCAAACCAGCUCUGUGAAUUCUAUGACUGGUGCAAAGCUAAAGGACUAUGUGGAUCUUAUGAAUACCCUUUUAUAGAGAGAAUCCCACAAAUACAGAUUCAAGCUCUUGAGAACCUACUUAAAGGUAUGUGGGAAUUGACAGUUUCAUCAACUUCUCCAUCUGGGUCAUCAUCAUCUGUGGUGGAGGAGUUUUCUCAGUCGAGUUCAACAGAGGAGGAUGAUAAGAGAGACAGGAAAUUCAUGGCACUUUCUGAGAACAAGAGUGUAAUUCCAAGGAAGUUUUGUGGUGAAGAUGAAGAACCAUUGAUUAAGUUUGAAGAUCAUGGUGAUGAGGAUGAGAGCUGGGAGACUUUGCUUGAUGCUUCAAUUAAUAUGCCUCCUGGUCAUCCAAACUUGCUGUGCUUCAAUAACUGUAAUGGCUACGGAGAAGAUCAUGGUAUUGGUAUUAGAAGUCAAUUUCAUGGAGAACAUCAAGAGGUUGAUCCUAAAAUGCAGAAUUCUAAUCAGAAUGCUCUUGCUGGUGUCCGUUAUCCAUGUGCGGUUCCGAAUUACCAGGGAUCGUUUGGCUUUAAUAACACAUAUCCAUGGGGACUAUAA